CGAAUCGGCGUGCCAUUGCCGCGUGGCUAACUCUUUCUAUAAAUUCAGAACGUCCGGAAGCAUGCAGAUGCAGCAGCCCGCAGACACAUACGGACGGACGCAGCAAACAUCUACUGCAAACAUUCCCGUUCCAUUAUGGGUUCUGAUGCCAACACGCAGUCGGCGGAGGCAGCAGCCGAGAAGGAGCCGACCAGCAGCAGCGCGCUGCUCGUCCUCGUGUCCUUGAUCGUCCGCGUCGCCGCCAUCGCCGUCGUGUCCUGCAGCUUGGCCCGGUCGGCGUGGCUGGCGCGCGGCGACCCGUGGGACCUGGCCUUCAUCGCCGGCGCGGGCGCCGUCCUCGCCACGCUCUUCUGGUGCCUCCGGCAGGCCGAGCGGCUCACGCCGGGCUCCCCCGCCGUGGAGAGGUGGCGGCUGCAGGCCGCCGUGUGGUUUCUCUCCACCGUCCUCAGCUGCGCGUUCGCGUACCGGGUGUCGCUGGUCAUGCCGCCGGCGCUGGUGGUCCUCAUCUGGAGCAUGACGUCCUUGGUCGUCCUCGCGGGCUUUGUCAUGCUCGUGCUCUGCAACUGUAAAGACCAACAAUACCAAUGCCUGGACGAGGUCGAUGACGGCGAUGCCAAGCCCUGCAACAAGUUGGGGCCUGAUCCUCACGAAUUGGUAUAGUAAAACUAGUAGUUCGGAAUUCAUUGUGCCACAGGUUCACUGUGGUUUAGAUUGUCGCCCGUGGUAAUUUGCGCUCACUUUGUGCCGUGCACCUCCCUGAUUGUCAGAGUUCCGUAACAGAAAUAGUACUAGUAGGCUAGGCUAACUGUUUGCAACGAUUUGUGUGGUGUAAUAAAGAUCAGUGACUGAUCAACUAUAAACAAAACAAAGGAUAUAGAUAUAUUGAGACUGGCAUUCAUGUUGUACAA